AUGAGAGAAAAAAAAUACACGACGCGUUGCAAAGAUCAGUCACCACAACCACUUAUCUUUUUCAACAUAGUUGCCAUGUCUCUAUUUAUACAACAGUCAGAUGAGGAGGAGGAUAAUAAUGAAAUCCAUAUAAAUAGAGAAAGUCUGUCUUGUGUGUCAUUUUCAGCGGCAACCACACAAAUAGCACAUUUAGCUGAUGUUUUCCAAAGUUUGAUCAGCAUUAAUAACCAAGCAGUCAUCAGAAUAUCAAGCAAAGGGAUCACGAUUUAUUCUACUUAUAAUCAUACAUUCAAUGUACAUGUCAACAUUGAUCCAUCGUUAUUCAACAACUACAAUAUUUCAUCGGAUAACAUCGAAGAUCAACAAGAUGAAAUCGAGAUCAUUUUAGGUGUCGAUAUCAACCUCAUUACUGAAUGUUUUGUCUCUGUCGUCAAUACUUUGAAGUUUGAAAAGUCAGUAUCAUGUUAUUUUAGUUAUCAUGGUGAGGGAUCGCCGUUGGUUAUUGAAUUUGAAGAUAGUUACAUGUCAGAAAAAUUGGAGUUUUACACAUUUUAUAUAGAAAAUGGAGAAUCUAUCAGUGAUGAUAAUUUAUUUAUUGACUAUGGACAUGUAUGCUUGGAAUUAAUGGUCAGGUGUGAUGUGUUGACAAAUUUAUUACAAGACUUGAAUCAGAUCAAUACAGAGAAUUUGUUUAUUUACGUUGCGGAGAAUACUUUGAAUUUUAUAAGUAAUGGACCAAUAGGAACAUCCAAGUUAAUUUUCCCCAAUGAUAAAACUAUACUUGAGAAGUUGGAAAUUAACAGUCCUGAUAAAAACUAUGUUAUUCUGCAAUUCAAUUUUGACACAUUUUUCAAAGUCUUCAGAUCUGUUAAACUAAGUUCCAAGUGUAAGAUUCUCAAGGACUUGAAUGGUUGCUUUUCAAUACAGUUAUUGUGUAAGAAUCUACCCUUGAGUAAAUAUUCAGGAACUUUAAUCACAAUCAACAUGAUGGAACUAAAUCAUGAUGAAUUUAUGAUUGGCUGGAUAUUGAAUGACUCUGAAGAAGAACAGGAACUUCAGGAGAGUUUACAUCCAAGGCAAUCACUCGCUGCAAAACCAACACUACAGAGAAAAGAUUAUCCUAAUCUACUACCAACAACAUCAACAGAACCACUUAUCAACUCGUUUAAAAAAUCUCGACGAGUAGAAGUACCAUCUACUAUGGAUACCACUGAUAGAGGGCCAACUAGGGAAUCGAAAAAGAGAAAACGAACAGAAGAGGUGAGGAAUGUCGGUGGUGCAGUAGAAGUACCUCUAUUUUUAUAG